AUGACUGCCGACGCAAAUAACGAAUAUCCAAAAGCAUCAAAUGCAACUCUUAUUGGAGCGACUAUAACUUAUAUAGCUGGUCUGUUUCUCCUGCUCUCGUUUGCCGGACCGUAUUGGAUACAAUCAUACCCGGAAAUGUUCUCGUCAUUUAAACACAUGGGCUUGUGGGAGUAUUGCUUUGAUCGCUUCAGAUUCCCAGCAUAUCAGUAUGACAAGUAUUUUGAUGGAUGCCAUUAUAUAUUUGGUUCUGAGCUUUAUACAAUUCGUGAGUAUCUUCUGCCUGGUUGGCUGAUGGCAGUUCAGUCAUUUGUGACGCUGGGAUUAAUGUUUUCAUUCACCUCUCAAGUUCUGUUAGCUUGUGUGAUUAUCCGGAUGCCUCUCCGCACUGUACUGAGAUAUGAGUGGAUAUUUGUAUCGGCAGCUUUUGUUUUGGUUGCUUUAUCAAGUUUAUUCCUGUUCCUAGCUGUGGCAAUAUUCGGUGGGAACUGUUAUCGUCGUGACUGGCUUCUCUACCCAUCAUUCAAUGUUCUAUCCUGGUCUUAUGCUUUUGCAGUUAUUGCAUUCAUAUUGUUCGGUCUGGCGGCAAUUCUUCUAUUCUUAGAGUCUCGUAAAUUAUACGAGUUACGUUUAGAAGCAAAGAAUCUUGUAGCACAGAUGCAACACAGCCAGCCAGAACAUGCUUUACACCAAUUAAGAGACCAACUUCAUCAACAACAACUCGGCUAUUACAGGCACUAA